GUGGGGAACGUAAGUAGAAGAGAGUAAAGAACGAUGUUUACGGUAGGUAAGAAAAUAGCUAUUGACGCGAAAGGUCGAGAUUCGGAGGAGAGCAAUUAUCACUAUUGCGUCUACAUUCAUGGAAAAUUCAACACGUAUUUUUAGGGUCGUUUACGCGACUACGUUGCCAUGCGAGUAUCGAUUCGACGAACUAACUCGUAAGUCGCAAAGCGCGUUUCGUCGAAUGGGACAUCUGACCGAGUUUUCCCGAGACGUGUCGGGGAAAAUCGCGAUGUCGCGUCGCGACUAGUUUUCCGGCAAGCGGUCCCGUAGUAACGUCGAUGGUCGUUUAAUGGUGAAACAAGUAGAAAAACGAACGAGUCCGAUAAGAAGCGCGGAUAAGGAAUAAAAGAGAGAAGACAGUGAUGGGAGGAGCAAGGAGAAUAAGUAUUUCAAGAACGGGAAAGAAAACGUCGAUCGGACAGAGGUGACAGGUUGACGAGGAGAAAAGGGCUGAACAGAUUAAUAGUGGAUGGGAGCUGAAACGGCGGCUCGUUAUGCGAAACGAAGCCACGAGCGACAUCGUAUCGAGAUGGUGCUCGGGCCAAAAUGCGUUCGUAACACCGGAACGCAGAAAGUUUAGGCGCGUGCACGGACUACAGUUACCGUUGCACCCCCAACAAGUGAUCGGCUGGAUAGUGAUUCUGGUUAUUGUGAUAAACACGUUUGCAGUUUUAACGCCGCUUCUCGAGACCAGUUUACGUCCGGUUUUCUCGAUUUCGAUAGCAGCGAUUUUUUUUACGCAUCUUUGUUCUCACGUGACCGUACUUUUGUUGGACCCGGCGGAUCCCCAAGUCAGAUCCCAACCGGCGAACAAAGUUGUGCCGGAAUUCGACAGGGCGAAACACUCGCGCGUUAUCGAGAAUGGUCGGUGCCACCUUUGCAACAUAACCACCGACAGCAAGAGGACCAAGCACUGUUCGAUUUGCAACAAAUGCGUUUCACGGUUCGACCAUCAUUGCAAGUGGCUCAACAAUUGCAUCGGAGGUAGAAACUAUUUGGCCUUUCUUGUGUGUCUGAUCUCCGCGAUACUGGCGAGUCUGUUCGUCGCCGGCCUUUCUGCGACGGAAUUGUUGCUGUCGUUGAUCCCCGAUCGGAUCGCGAACGCGAGUAUGGAGAACGCGACCGGUCCUGGCCUAUCUAUCAUCCCAGUUUCGGACACCGGCUCUAUAAUCCUGAUAUCCGCGAUCGGAAUCCUCUCUGCGAUCGCGGCGGUGCUACUGAUUCAUUUGUGCUUCUUUCACGGCUACAUCGCUUGCCUCGGUUUGACCACGUACGAGUACAUACGUAACAAGCGGGAAAGAAACACGGUCGCCGCAGCCGUCGCGGCGGCAGCCGCCGCCGCUGCUACUGCCACCGCCGCUGCCGCCGCCGCAACCGCCGCCGCCGCCACUGCCAGCGCUACGGUCGCUGCCAACAACACGAUCGCGGACUCUAACGAGAACGCACCGCCGGCUGCCAUAACGAAAACCGCAGUUAACGUUCCCGAGUCAACGACCCGACUAAACGGUUUUCGCGGGUUCGUGUCCGGCCAUAGAACCGAUACGGAUUCGUGUUUGAGCGGCGACAGGAGAAUAGACGUCGAAGGGGAAUCGAAUCGAGCCGCAACGGAAAUUCGAUUCGGUCGUCGGGACGACGAACGGAACAAUUUUCGACUCUGUUUCACGUACGAGCUCCAGUCGACCGUUAACGAAACUUCCAUAGAGUUCUCGUCGCGGAUACCGUCCGACACGUCUCGUGACCAAUCCACGAUCGUGUUCCGGGAUUCGGUCGGUGUCGUCGGGUCUUCGACGCCCUCGCCGGUUUCUUGUUGCUUCGCUGCUGCUAACUCGAUAGCCGUGCGAUGUCGUUCGGCGAGCAGAGCCGACAAAUCGAAGAAACGACCGAGCGGCAGCGAGGGUUCGCUCGAGUCGGUGCACGCCCCGACGAAUUCCUGCGAAACCGUUGAAAGAAUAGGAAAGUUUCUGCGAACGUAUCUGAGAAGAAACGGUCGCCGACGGUCGUCGAACGCGAACGCCGUCCGCGCAUCGAAGAACAAGGUGGUUCCUAGCGCCGAUACGGCUCGACCGGAAGUCAAGAUGGAGGACACCUCGCCUGUCGCUGUUCUCGCUUCCGAUCCCACGAAAACAUUCGCGGUCUCCGUUCCGCGUCCACCUGCCAAACUUCCUCCGCUGCGUUCGUUGACCGGACACCCCUGCGAGCAUAUUCCGAUUCAAACGCGGAAAGUGGCGGGAUCGUCGACGACGAGGAGACCCGCUACUCACAUCUACACCCGUCCUCGACGGACCUCGUCCUUCCGAAAGAGACCAAGACUGAAAGCGAAUUCACGCGUAACGCAAUCCAUACAGCUCUCUCCCAUUUUGGAGUCGGAUCUGUCGAAACCCGCGUCGCCACGAUCAUCGUGUUCCCUUCUAUCUCUUCGUUCCACCAAUUCACCUCAGUCGUCGCGUAUCGCGCGUUCCUCGUCUCCUCGGUUCGAUCCGCCAUCGUCGGGAAUGUGAUUUCCAUCGCUGCGACAGUCUUCUAUAAUUUUUUAUCUCGUCCAUCGAGGCGCCCGCGCACCGUGUAGCUUGAACUUUCGAUACUCGAUUCGUCGUGAACAUGAAGCUUCAGCAACUGUUCGAUGCGUUCUCGAGGCGAACGAGUUCUAUCUCGUAUACGCAAACGUGAUUCGUUCAACGAGAAAGAGUGUUCGCGUGACCGUUUACUUUUCGCGUGCUGGUUGCUAAUCUGUAAACGAGAUAGAUCGCGUGUGCUUGUGCACUCACGGCCAAUUUCCCCCCCGUAG